UCCCUGUUCUUUGAUUUUAUUCCAGGAUGUUCAAGAAAGAAGCCGCUUUCAACCUUCAUUCAUCAGUAAGAACGAUCACUUUGCCUAGAGUCGAACAGUAGGUCGGUAUCGCUACCGUUGUCCUAACCAUUACAACUUCGAUGACACCGUUAUCGGAACCACUGUUGACGACAUGAGUCCAGCCGGAAAUGGUAAGGAUCCGGUUUUGAAUGUCCGGACGUUGUGACGAUCGGACUUUGAUGAUCUUGUUAUGAGCUAUCGGUAUGUGACGUAGAAAUCUGCUGUUCCAUAAUUGGUGCCUAAUGACACGACAAGAAGACAGACCACGCUUAUAAGAUUUACACUCGUCAGUUUAACCGGUCAUUGGUACUCCCACACGGAUUAUAUCGUGUCGAGGAGGAAAUGGACUGGAGUUAUACACGAGCUAGUCAUUCAAGUUCACACGUGCGUACAAGUGACAUGGAACUGGUUUGUGUAUAAUCGCUACAGUAUACUAUAGGUUCUGUCUAUUACGAUCCGUUGUAGGUGUUUGUAUGUUAUGUGAAUGAAACCAGUGACAUGUGAACACGAUGCACGAGACUAACAGUGUCACGUUCCUGACAAUAGACAUAACUCUCAUGAUUUUAGUGACAGUUCUUAACCUCCUUGUCAUCUUCAUUCUGAUUGUAAAAGCUAACGUGAGGAAAUCGAAAACCAUAUUUCUCCUGUCACUUGCUUUUGCGGACAUGUUUGUUGGGAUAUUUGUUAUUCCAAACGCCAUCUCCAUUAUGUAUCUGCACGUGAAAAUGGAGGAUUUUGUGUGUAAACUAUGCUACUACGGCGAACACACAAUGAGUGCAGCAAGUGCACUUUCCAUAUCGGUGAUUGCGGUGGAUCGUAUGCGUGCUAUACUGUUCCCUUUAAAGUUCAAAAGCGUACAUCGUGGCUUUUCCUACCUGGUGUUAGCUUUAGUAUGGAUACUGGCAUUGCUUUACGCACUGCGAACCCCAUUUGUGUAUGGUGCCGUGACCAGGAUAUCGGAGGUGACCGACAGUAACGUGACCGUCUCCAAGACCGAGUGUACAAUCAUGCAGGGCCAGUCUAUGGUACACCAAGGCCUAAUCUACCUGGAUUUCUUCGUACUUUUUCUCUUGCCUAGUACUGUGCUAGUGACGUGUAAUGUCGCCGUAUCUAUCCGACUUGCUGCAGUACCAACAAUUCAGGCAACAGGACGAACUCGCUUGUUAAUGAAAAGAAGACGUUCUAUUCGUCUUCUACUUGCAAUGAUUUUCCUCUUUGUAGGAUGUCAUCUACCGUUGUAUUCCUUUCAGAUUCACCUACUUAUUGCGACCACGGAUGUUUAUACGGAGAGAGUCAUAAUGCAGUCAUUGCUCAUAUUGUCUUGGUCGAACAGUCUUUUGAAUGUUUUGUUCUAUGGUUCUUUGAAUGAUGACGUUAAGAGUACACUCGCCAUGAUUAUUAGAUGCCAGUGUAGGAAACGUAACAACAGAGUGGCCAUUUCGACAAUCAGAACUACAAGACGUCAGCAUCAAUCUACGAUGGCUGCACACCAACAAACAACCAUUUCUACGACAGUGACCUCAAUAUAACCCAUACGUCAUUUUAAAAUUAAUUUAAUGAAUUGCAUAUACAUGUAUUGUAAAGCACCUUAGGGUAACUUGUACUAGCUAGAUAGAGUGCUAAAUAAAAGAUCGUUACUGGAUGCCAA